AUGUCAAAAACCAUUACCAUACGUUUAGGUACGCUUAAGAAUGCCAAAUUUGGCCCCUGGGUUAGUUAUUCUUCUGCCUCCGAUCCCUCAUACCUCAAUCCUAAAGGCAAAUCCACUCGAAAAGUUGCCGGGCCGUACCCUUAUCAGGCUCCUGCUCCUGCGGUCGUCCAACCCAAUUGUUGGGUCAGACCGCAGGGUCGUCCAACCCAAUUGUUGGGUCAGACCGCAGCCGGCCUUAGCAAGGAACAAAAGGCUGCACUAGUGAUCCCUACUGAAAUCCAAGAAGUUAUUAUAGGAAUGCUCAUCAGUCUGGUAGGCACUCCUCCACGGAAAUCAUCUUACUACGAUAAACGGACAGAUAAUACUGAUGUCUCAUAUGCCUUCGCAACUUUCACUCAUCCCUACUUUACUGAUCAAUCUAAAGUAUGGUAUACUCGAGUUGAUGGGAAACACAUCAAAGUCCUGCCUGAGAAUAUCGCUGAUCUAGUUACACCUAUUGCCCUAGCUUAUUGGCUCAGCGGCUGCCGGCUGCGGUCUGACCCAACGGGUUGGACGACCCUGCGGUCUGACCCAACGGGUUGGACGACCGCAGGAGCAGGAGCCGUACCCUUAUCAGGCCCGGCACCGGACGGAUCCUUCAAUAAGCGUGAUGGUUGCAUAGAAAUAAGCACUGAUUCCUUCACCCCAGAAGAAAUCCCUAAAAGAGAAGUUCCUAAAGUACAAGAAUUAGUUAAACCUUAUAUAGCAUCAAUGAUGGCCUAUCGUGUUGGGCUUUCAAUCUUUUGA